AGGAACGACAGCAGAGCUGAAGCAUCUGGACAGAAGUGUUUGUGGGAGUUUCUGGAGCCCAAGCUCUUCUCACAGAGGGAGGGACAGAGCAGGCAGCAGACACCAUGGAGCACCCGUCAUCCCCUGCCCACAGAGGGCACUUUCCCUGGCAGGGGCUUCUGCUGGCGGUCUCACUAUUAACCUUCUGGAACCCACCCACCACUGCCCAACUCACUAUUGAAUCGGUGCCGACAGAUGCUCUUGAAGGAACGGAUGUUCUUCUACUUGUCCACAAUCUGCCUGAGAAUCUUUUAGGCUAUGUCUGGCUGAAAGGGGAAGGAAUAGAUCCCGAUCAACAAAUUGUAAUAUAUGUGAUAGAAACACAAGAAAAUACCCCAUGGCUUCUAUAUAGUGGUCGAGAGACAACAUACCACAAUGGAUCUCUGCUGUUCCAGAACGUCACCCGGAAUGACACAGGAUACUACACCCUACAAGCCAUAGACCAAGAUUUUAACAAUGCAGUGGGAACUGUACAGCUCCGCGUAUACCCGGAGUUAACCAAACCCAACAUCACAAGCAACAACUCCAACCCCGUGGAGCACAAGGACCCUGUAGUGUUAACAUGUGAACCUGAGACUCAGAACACCACUUACCUGUGGUCUAUCAACAAUCAGAGCCUCCUGGAUAGCACCUGGCUGAAGCUGUCUCCAGACAACAGGACUCUCACUUUACUCCAUGUCACAAUAAAUGACACAGGACCCUAUGAGUGUGAAACCUGGAACCCAGUGAGUGCCUGUCGCAGUGACCCAUUCUACCUCAAUGUUCUCUAUGGUCCAGAUGCCCAGAUCAUUUUGCCCUCAGACUCUUAUUACCAUCCAGGGGUAAACCUCAGCCUCUCUUGCCACACCUCUAACCUGCCCACACAGUAUUCUUAGCUUAUCAGUGAGAGGCUCCAGCAAUCCACACAGGAGCUCUUUAUCCCCAACAUCACUGCGAAUGACAGUGGAUCCUAUACCUGCCUUGCCCAUAACUCUGUCACUAGUCUCAAUAAGACCACAGUCAAGACUAUUACAGUCUCUGUUAAAGAGGAGGGGCAGCCCUCUCCCAUUGGGAGGGAGGAUGCAAGGGAUUACCAGUGUGAGGUGUCCAACUUGAUCAGUUCCAGAAAAAGGAACAUCCUCAGACAAUAUGACCAAACAUCUGCUGGCCUCUCAGCUGGGGCUGUUGGCGGCAUCGUGGUUGGAGUCUUGGCUGGGGUAGCUCUGAUAGCAGCACUGGUGUACAGUCGGUGUAGCAGAAAGGCUGAAGAGGCAAGUGACCAGCACAAUCUCACAGAGCACAAGCCCUCAGCCUCCAACCUCAGUCAGGGCCACUCUGACAAUUCUCCUAACAAGAUGGAUGUAGUUGCAUAUUCUUCCCUGAAAUUCAACUCCCAGGAAUCAAAGAAACAAACUUCAGCCUCCCCAUCCCCAUUAGCCAUAGAAACAGUUUAUUCAGAAGUUAAACAGAAGUACUGCAACCUGCCCUGUUCGCUGCACUGCUGACUUACUCCAAGCUUCUCAUCCCCAUCACUGGAAGGAUCCCUUUACCCUCAAGGAAAAGAAGACGAAGCCUCUUCCCUGCCUCAACUUCCAAAUGAGUCACCUCCAGGCUGCCCAGUCACAGCCCCUCCCUUCAGUGACAAUACAUGAAAAGGUACAGCCAGGAGUCUGUAGGAAACCCAACCUUCCCAGUCUUUGAAAUUUGGCACAGCAGACCUUGGGAAAGAGUUGCCAGAACCUUCCUCCCCUCCCCAUCUCUGGACCUAGACUUGUUUUAAACCUGCCCAUUCAGAGCACACUCACCUUCCCACCCCAGUCCUGUCUUAUCCGAGUCUAACAAUAAUUUACCACAAACUUGAGAGAUAUGUCCUCAUCCCCUGAAAUGCAUGUGCCUGAAAAGAACACAGAAAAAGUAAAAGUAAAAGUGUCUCCUGUCUCUCCAAAGUCCAGGGUAAACUCACCAGACACAGGAAAGCAAAUAUAUAACCAAUUCCAAACUGGAAAUUUUUACACUUUUGUCCACUGUCAGGGUUGUCUACACGUAGCACCAGGGCCUAAGUACCUUGCUGCUUAGCUGGAAUACCACAUAACCCUUUGGCAAGCCUGUCUUCACAAACCAAAUAGAAGCAACUAGGAAAAUUAUUUGC